AUGAAAGUGAAACCAGAACCAGUUGUUUAUGUCGAAGCAGCAGACAGACAUUGACUCCUGCCUCUUUAUUUCCUACUUUUUCCUCAAAACAAAAACAAAUCUGGAAACUCAGAAAAGAGAAAAGGACUGUUUUGACACUCUUCUCUUUCUAAGGUAAGAGAAAGACGUUCUUUUUUCUUGCCUUCCUCUUCCUGUGAGCAGCAUGCCAGACACUAAGCUCUGUCUAGAGGCCCUGUCUGCUCUCUCCGGCUGUAACAUUGAGCCAACCAGCGGAGUCUCCCACAUCACUCCACAGGACUUUGUCAACAUUGUGGCCCUCAAAGAGUUCUACAAGCAGGAGGGCUUUAAAGAGCUGGAAUACCCCAGUUUAGGGACUUUGUCCCUGCAGGACAUAGAUGACCAGGACUUGUACAGCUCCCCACCGGCUCUCCCUGAAGGCCCCUCCACUGCCGGGCCGGAGGAGAGCCUCAGAACCACAUUAAAGAUCAACCCUCAGGACUUCUUUCAUCCUCAGUACGACUACGACUUCACCAACAAAAAGGAUGGCAACAAAAAGUUUCUGCGUGGUAACGAGCCGUACAUUCGUCCCUGUGGGUGGAACCGGGUCGCCCUGCGGGUCAUGCAGAAGUAUGAUGGCGGGGAUGUCUGGCUUGGGACGGGAAAGGACGCCUGGCCCGUCUCCUACCACGGACAGAACAUGGACGGCUCCCUCGGCAUCAUCCUGACCCACGGCGGAAGCCCCAACGACGAGCCAAAGUUUCUGGAUGCCGCUGCCGCCUCUCUGGUCACUGGGGAGACGAGGGGCAGAGGGGUGUACUCCACGCCAGACAUAAAGACUGCGGAGAAGUACUGCAAGAAGUUCAAGUCCAAAGUGGACGGAAAGACGUACAAAGUGGUUCUCCAGAACCGCAUCAACCCAGAGAAGAGGCAGAAGUGCCAGAGGGAGGACAUCUGGUUGGUCUACAUCCCCAAAGAAUACAAUGACGUCCAGACGAGGGCCAUCGUGCAGGAGUCCAUCCGACCGUACGGACUGCUGCUGAUGCAGGCGUGAGGAAACUUUCACAUCUUCAGAGUUGUCUGGGAAAUGAAUUCAACCUGAAUUGUUCCUGAUUAUCAACAAUAAAACCUCGCCGAAAAAGACGAAAAGACUCACAGAGUUCCUGUGUGUUUGCUUGGAGGUAACCAACAAACCAGUACUGCCUUUUGACUUACAUUUGAUCAAAAAUAAUGUUGCUUUUCCUGCUCAAAUGACAACCAUAUUCUACUUUACUGACCUACUGUAUUAGGGACCUUCUGCUGACCUACAGUAUCCUCAGCUGAUGGGUGUAACUACCAGAAAAUAAAAUAAACAAGCAACUCAUUAUAAAUCAGUUGAACUCUCUACAUGAGGUGGUAAGCGUAAGGUGAGACUGUGGGAACAAGGUUGAUUUAUGCUGCCAUCUAGUGCUGAACCAUGUGAUUGCUUCUUUCUGUCAUGCAAAAAUAAAAGUUUUGCACAACAAGCAAACUCUUGAAUCGAAUUAUUCUAGUUUUCAAAGAAUUGAUUGUAAUUAAACAAAAUGACUAUAAAUGAAUUAGGUUGAUUGACAAACUGUUGAAUUCAUGUCUUUUCAAACCAAAAGUGGUUUUAUUAUUCUACAAUUACAGAUCUCAGGUCAUUAAACAUGUAAAGCUGCAUAGAAGAUCGGGAGAGAACCUCAGAUGAUUCGGCCUUGCAUUAAAAAUGUUGUUUUGCUGCAUGACGAUACUGUUAUUUGUUCCAUCAUUGUGGUUUACUGAAAUAGUAAUUUUGUAAUUUGUCGCAUACACUGUAUCCUUAAUUUCCUAUUUUUGUAGUUCAUCCACCCAAAAUGAUUACAAUUACUUAGUGUGAAGCAUGCACAGAUAAUUGAACUGGGAUCUCUUCUGUUUUCUUUGUAAUUAAAUAAUGUGAAACGA